GACCCGCGCAGAGCAGCAGCAGCUAUGGCUAAAAGUGAUGGAUGCGAUUAUUUUAAGAGAACCAGCCUGUUCUGGAUCGUCAGCGUGACACUGGCGAUGGGAUAUUUCACUUGCACUGUGUUUGCACCAGAGGUAAUCCCGUUUCAGCACCUCGGUCCGUUUGGCACCUUCUGCAGAUACCUUGUGGACAACUAUGCUGACAUUAUGUACAAAGGGUGGUGGGCGGCCUGGAUUAUCCAUGCUUUUGAGGCCUUUGUUGCAUUGAGGAUGUGCAGUGACAAAGGUAUCAGCAGCGCCGCCACUCGCUGCAUGUGGUUCGGCCAGACCUUUCUGUUUGGCUUCGCUUCCCUCGGCCUGCUCCUCAAGUACGACCCCGAGCGCCCCAAACAGCACUGACACCGGCAGGAGCAAGAAGCCCAACGAAGAACAUGGUGCGGGCCGAACCCAGGAACUCAAUCGCUUCCUUGUGCCUCUUCUUCUUCUUCCACUGUCACCUGAGCCUUUUCUGUGAACGCUACACUACACAUUGUCUUAAAUCCAUUUCAUUCCAUAGAUUUUCUAUUAAUAAACCACAGGUUACCUUUUAUAAAUAAUAUUAUAGAGUUUUUAUUGAUAAUAGAAUUAACAGAAAUGAUUUGAGCACCAGAGUUCCCUUGAUGAAUCCGCUCUGGGCCGAGUAUUAACUCCAAUAGAGAGUGAAUCUUUUCUGGAGUUGUUUAGGACUCUCAUGAUGUUUACAAUCAGCCUGGCUGAUGGCGGUGGGGAUAUUCUCUCAGCUGCUGUGAUGAACAUACCGUCAGACAGGUUGGCUGCAGAUGGUCCGCCACCACCAGCCUCCAACGCUCUCCAGGAUAAAAAUAAAGAGCGCUGCUGUGUGCAUUUUAAAUUCACAUUUGCCUUUCUUAUACUGAAGUGCUUUGAAUUUUAAACUAGACUGGAAGUUCUUAACAUUUAUGCUGCAAAAUAAAGAGUGACUUACAA